AAGCGUAAUACUGAGUGCGCCUGCGCAAUGGGCAGCAGGUCCGCUCUCUACCAGUCGGGUUGUAUUGUGGUUUUUGUUCCGGAACAGGAGCGUCAGGGACAGAGGCUUUUUUUCUUUCCCAUAGCUUCUCCGCCUAUGGACCCUAAAAGCUACUGCUGCUGCUGCUGCGGAGCGAGACGGUUACUAGCUCAGCUCUAAGAUGCGCGCUCUUCCAUUAGGAGCUCUACGGCGGGAGUGAGGCAAUUAAACAACAGUGGAAUGGAAAGCAAGUGCUGUGGUCAUCCCAUGUUAAGCUCCUUGUCGACAAUGUAUACGUUCCUUCUAGGGACCAUAUUUGUUGCUUUAAGCUCAAGUCGCAUUCUCCUGGUAAAAUAUUCAGCCAAUGAAGAGAACAAAUAUGAUUAUCUUCCAACUACCGUCAAUGUGUGUUCAGAGCUGGUGAAGCUAGUUUUCUGUGCGCUUGUGUCAUUCUGGGUUAUAAAGAAAGAGGAUCAUCAAAGUAGAAACUUGAGAUGUGCUUCCUGGAAGGAGUUCUCUAAUUUCAUGAAGUGGUCCGUUCCUGCCUUUCUUUAUUUCCUGGAUAAUUUGAUUGUCUUCUAUGUUCUUUCCUAUCUUCAGCCUGCCAUGGCUGUUAUCUUCUCAAAUUUUAGCAUUAUAACAACAGCCCUUCUAUUCAGGAUAGUGCUGAAGAGGCAUCUAAACUGGAUACAGUGGGCUUCCCUCCUGAUUCUAUUUUUGUCUAUCGUGGCCCUGACCGCUGGGACUAAAACUUCACAGCAUAACCUGGCAGGACAUGGAUUUCAUCACGAUGCCUUCUUCAGCCCUUCCAAUUCCUGCCUUCUUUUCAGAAGUGAGUGUCCCAGAAAAGACAAUUGCACAGCAAAGAAGUGGACUUUCUCUGAAGCCAAGUGGAACACCACAGCCAGGAUUUUCAGUCACGUCCGUCUCGGCUUGGGCCAUGUGCUUAUUAUAGUCCAGUGUUUUAUUUCUUCAAUGGCCAAUAUCUAUAAUGAAAAGAUAUUGAAGGAAGGGAACCAGCUCACUGAAAGCAUCUUCAUACAGAACAGCAAACUCUAUUUCUUUGGCGUUCUUUUUAAUGGACUGACCCUGGGCCUUCAGAGCAGUAACCGUGAUCAGAUUAAGAGCUGUGGGUUUUUUUAUGGCCACAAUGCGUUUUCAGUAGCCCUUAUUUUUGUAACUGCAUUCCAGGGCCUCUCGGUGGCUUUUAUUCUGAAGUUCUUGGAUAACAUGUUCCAUGUCUUGAUGGCCCAGGUCACCACUGUCAUCAUCACAACAGUGUCCGUCCUGGUCUUUGACUUCAGGCCCUCCCUGGAGUUUUUCUUAGAAGCCCCAUCAGUUCUCCUCUCCAUAUUUAUUUAUAAAGCCAGUAAGUCACAAGAUCUGGAAUAUGCACCUAGGCAAGAAAGGAUCCGAGAUCUAAGUGGCAGUCUUUGGGAGCGCUCCUGUGGGGAUGGAGAGGAACUGGAAAGACUUACCAAACCCAAGAGUGAUAUUGAGUCAGAUGAAGAUACUUUCUAAUCAGUACCCAAAUACUUGGCAUCUCUCACAAACCUUAUUUUCACAUUUUCAGCAUGUGUAAUACUUGUCUUUUCACUUUGAUAAACCAAGAACAUUUCUAAAGCAUAAUACUGUUUGCAUAUAUCUAACCACUCCCUAAACGGUUCCAUCCAAGACUUAGAGGACCCAAAGGCUAAAAAGUUCUAAGGAACUGACAGAGGAGUGAUAGUAUGGAGACUGCAUUAAUGGCCCUGUACUUGAUAAGUCAGGAAGAUAUAUUCACAGAUUAUUUUCCUUGUCCUCCAAGGUUCCAAAAAACUUGUAAUAAUCACGUCAAGUGUACCCUAUAAACAUACCAAUAGAGGUCAGUUUGCCAGAUCAUCAUAAUCCUGUAGUUCUACUCUGCAUGCCUAAGUCUUCCCUUUUUUAUUAUUAUAAAUAUUACCUAGGUUGUCUGUGAAUUUUGAGGCAUUGGAGAGAGACAUUUUGCAAUUAAAAAAUGACAUGACUCUUUCUAAAAAAUUUGGUUGAAGGACCUUACUGUCUAGCCAAAACACUGAUUUGAGGGUAACCUAGUCUUGUGCUAAAUGUUUUGCUGAAGAAGCAAUUUUUCAGAAACAAAAUCUCAGAA